UACGUUCAUGACGACGACGCAUUAGUCUCAAUACGAUUAUUUUUUCGUGAGAGUGAAGAAGAGAGACGAGCAAAACGUGAACGGAGAAAAUGUUGCCGAUUGGCGGCAAAGGCGGCGGAGUUGGCCAGUUACUGGCGGCAGUUGCGGCGGCGCUACUUCUCCGACUUAUCUCCUCUCCUGGUCCGGCGAUUUUACCGGAGAAUGAAGAUGUUCCCGACGAUGACAGUGAGAAAGGAAGUGAAAAUGGCGAAGCUCCAGUUACUGGAAAAGUACUUCCAGUUACUAUUAAAUGGAGUAAUAUUACUUGUUCGCUCUCUGAUAAAUCCGCAAACACGGUGCGGUUUUUGCUAAAAAAUGUGACAGGAGAAGCCAAACCCGGUAGAUUGCUAGCAAUAAUGGGUCCAUCAGGAUCAGGAAAGACUACUCUUCUCAAUGUUCUAGCAGGUCAAACAAAAGCAUCACCCAAGUUAAAUUUGUCUGGUCUUUUGGACAUCAAUGGGGUGCCAUUUUCAAACAAAAUAUACAAGUUUGCUUAUGUUAGACAAGAAGACCUUUUCUUUUCCCAGUUGACUGUUCGAGAAACUCUCUCUCUUGCAGCUGAACUGCAGCUACAGGACGUAUCUUCAAUAGAAGAGAGAGAUGAAUAUGUGAACAAUCUAUUGUUUAAGAUAGGUUUGGUCAGUUGUGCUGAUUCACGCAUUGGUGAUGCAAAAGUUCGUGGAAUUAGUGGAGGUGAAAAGAAACGCCUGUCGCUUGCAUGUGAGCUUAUUGCCAGUCCAUCUGUAGUUUUUGCUGAUGAACCUACAACUGGACUUGAUGCUUUUCAAGCAGAACGAGUGAUGGAAACCUUAAGACAACUUGCACAAGAUGGACAUACUGUUAUAUGCUCUAUACACCAGCCUAGAGGUUCUGUAUAUGCAAAAUUCGACGACAUUGUUCUGUUAGCAGAGGGCUCGCUCAUUUAUGCUGGUCCUGCACGUGAUGAAGUAUUAGCGUACUUCUCGAAAUUCGGGUACAUUUGUCCAGAUCAUGUAAAUCCCGCUGAAUUUUUGGCUGAUCUAAUAUCUAUAGACUAUAGUUCUCCAGAGAGUGUAUAUUCUUCUCAAAAGAGAAUAAAUGGCCUAGUUGAGUCAUUCUCAGAAAAGAUACCGGAGGUUUUAUAUGCAACUUCACUUGUAAGGGAUAGCUCGAAAACCUGUACAAACUUACAAAAGAAAUCUAUUUCACGUAAAGGUGGUUGGUGGAGACAGUUCAGGUUACUUCUCAAACGUGCAUGGAUGCAAGCUUCUCGUGAUGGACCAACAAACAAAGUUCGGGCAAGGAUGUCAAUUGCUUCUGCUUUGAUAUUUGGUUCUGUAUUCUGGAGGAUGGGAAGAUCACAGACGUCAAUACAAGACAGGAUGGGAUUACUUCAGGUUGCUGCAAUAAACACUGCUAUGGCUGCUCUCACAAAAACAGUUGGUGUCUUUCCCAAGGAACGAGCAAUUGUUGAUAGAGAGCGUGCAAAAAUGUCUUAUGCUCUGGGACCAUAUUUGCUUUCCAAGUUGAUCGCUGAGAUUCCUGUUGGAGCAGCAUUUCCACUUCUCUUUGGUGGUAUCCUAUACCCAAUGGCUAGACUUCAUCCUACCAUUUCUAGAUUUGGGAAGUUCUGCGGAAUUGUGACGGUGGAGUCUUUUGCUGCAUCUGCAAUGGGCUUGACUGUGGGAGCUAUGGUUCCAACGACUGAAGCUGCAUUAGCAUUAGGCCCCUCUCUUAUGACAGUUUUUAUCGUCUUUGGAGGGUACUAUGUCAAUUCAGACAACACACCAAUUAUUUUUCGGUGGAUUCCUCGAGUUUCUCUUAUAAGAUGGGCAUUUCAGGGGCUUAGCAUCAAUGAAUUUAGUGGUCUUCAAUUUGAGCAUCAAAACUCAUUUGACAUACAAUCUGGUGAACAGGUACUCGAGCGGCUAUCAUUUGGAGGCAGCCGAAUAGGUGAUACCAUUAUUGCUCAAAGUAGAAUACUCAUGUUUUGGUAUUACACAACUUACCUUCUCCUGGAGAAAAAUAAGCCCAAGUAUCAGCGGCUUGAACCUCCACCACGUCUCAAAGAUAUCGAGGAAGAGCCAGAGGAAGAGGCAAAGCUUCAGCCCGUAAAGGAUGAUGAUUUGCCUGAACCAACUCAACAAGUUGAAUCUCCUCCCUCGGAUGAAGGUAAACCCGACGAGCAGCAGGAAUCUUCUCCUGCUGAUCCACUUGAUCUGUUUACCCUUGAAGGCUUGUAAAUUGCUAGGGAAAAAAUGGAUGAUGUUGAUACAAAGAUGUGCUACUUUUUCAUUGAUUUAUCUCCUACAGGUGCUAAUCAAAAGGAGAUGCCUGUGCAGUAAAGGGAGGUCUUUCUUAUGUGAGCUAAUUCUAAUAUGAAGUAAAUUUCAUCUCCUUCCUGUUGUCUUUAGGGGUCAAAAGCAUUAGGAAACUCCUUGAAGAUCGUCCAGAAUAUUCAUGAAGUAUGGUAAAUAUGAGCAGAAGUCUAAUGUAAAGUUUGAACUUUUUAGCCUAUUUUCAUAACCAAAAAAAGCGUACUGUUGCUUUGAUCAUUGGAAUCAAAUAAUUUAUAUGAUGAGUUAGUAGGUCGUAUCAAAUGGCAUUUUCAACCUUGAAAUGUAUGGUUGAAGUUUUGCUA